ACGCGGUGAGGCUGUAGGUAAGAACAAUGUCAGGUCUGUGAGUUUUUCUUACCUAACUUCCGUUUGACAGAUGAACACACUGAACACCAGGUUAGCUGUGUUAAAGAGACUAGUCGGGCUAACUAACCCCAGGGGCCAUAUAAAACCUUAUGGUUGGUGGCUCGUCUCAGUGAAACGACCUUAAGGUGGGUGUGACUGCACUAAAUCACUAUAAUUAAUCAUCUGCGGCUCUGUGGUCCUCAGAGCCGCCCCGCCCGCAGCCCCGGCCCACGCCCCGGGGAAGGGGCGGUCCGACGCCGGAGCAGCUCGCUCUUCCGCGGGCAGCGAUUCGCAAAGAUGGCGCCGUCUCACGUAUUAAGAUGCUGUCAGCGGGUCCUUGCCUGGAUCCCUGUCGCCUUUAUCACCAUGGUGGUCUGCUGGUCCUACUACGCCUACGUGGUGGAGCUAUGUGUCUUCACAAUCCCAAACAUUGGAGAGCAAAUCAUCUACCUGACUGUGUUCCACUUCUCCUUCUUCAUGUUUGUGUGGUCCUACUGGAAGACCAUCUUCACCAGGCCGUCUAGCCCAACCAAAGAGUUCAGUCUCUCCAAAGUGGAUAAGGAGCAGUAUGAGAGAGCAGAGCGGCCUGAGACUCAGCAGGAAAUUCUGAAGAGAGCAGCCAGAGAACUUCCCAUCUACACCCGCACUGGCAGCGGAGGAAUCCGCUACUGUGACCGGUGCCAGGUGAUCAAACCGGACAGGUGUCACCACUGCUCUGCCUGUGACAUGUGCGUGCUGAAGAUGGACCAUCAUUGUCCCUGGGUCAAUAACUGUGUGGGUUUCUCCAACUACAAGUUCUUCAUCCUUUUCCUGGCCUAUGCACUCGUGUACUGCCUCUUCAUCGCCGCCACUGUGCUGCAGUAUUUCAUUAAGUUCUGGACGCUCUGUCGGAGGAAAUCCUCGGAACACUGCCCCAAGAAUGAGCUACCUGACACUCACGCCAAGUUCCACGUCCUCUUCCUCUUCUUCGUGGCGGCCAUGUUCUUCAUCAGCAUCCUGUCACUCUUCAGCUAUCACCUCUGGCUGGUGGGGAAGAACCGCUCCACUAUAGAGGCCUUCCGUGCUCCCGUCUUCAGCAACGGGCCCGAUAAGAACGGUUUUUCUCUGGGCUUCAGAAAGAAUGUGACUCAGGUGUUUGGAGACCAGGGCAGGUUAUGGCUCCUGCCCUUCUUCACCAGUUUGGGAGAUGGCUACACGUUCCCAACCCGCUUGGUGACAGCCGACCCAGAGCAGGCCACAGCCGUCCUUCACACCAGUGCCAAUCCAGGAUGUGACGAUGUCAUCCACACCUUUAAUGAAUCGCAGAACCAGCUCCUCGACAACCACUGCAAUGAGAACCACUUGGAGCCCAACGGGGUCAAAACGGGUGGCAAUGAGUCCAUCACAGUGUCUUUGGAGAAGGAGUUGUAACCAGGGCUGGAUGGAGCGGGGAGGGCAUCUUGCCCAUACAAAGGGUGGGAACCUGCCAAGGCGCACAGCCGUCCAAUCAGAUGCCUUAACUGUGUUUGGGUGGAUACUUGUCGCCAUGGGAACACCUACCAGGAAAUGGGCGGGCCCGCUGGUCCCCUGUGCCCCUCCUCCAUCAGGCACUCAUGAAUUUACAUUGUUUCUUACUAAAGGAGGACCAAGGAUUUUAAAACAUUUAUUUUAACCAAUUUUUCUGUGCAUUUUAGUGUAACAUGGCUUUUGAUGUAACAUGCUUUAAUUUCAAAGCAAAAGAGACUGUCCUUUUCCCCCCGAGAAGCUGGAGGGGGGGUGUCUGCAAGCUGAACAGUGAAUGGCUUAAAGGAGGGGUGUAGCAGGGUGAUGUACAGGUAUCCUCCUAUUGGCUAAUCGAUCUGUUAAUGGAUGCCCUGCAUUUACUGUAAGAAGGUCCGCCGGACUGUAGGGGGAAGUGUGGAGCUCCUCUGCACAGCACCGUCCUGUUUGAAGAGCCCAAGGCGGAUGGAGUUCAAGCUGCUCCCUGGUCAGUGAAUCACUCGAAUGAGGAAUCAGUAUGGGCACCCAGAGCUGCCAUCUUGACAGGUCACUGUGGAAAUGCAUUGUAGGUGGGGACUUAAUAAGCUCAACCCGCGCUGCCACAGACCAGUGCCAUGGACACCUGCUUAUUGCCUCGAUUGCCCAUGAUUCGUUGUUCCAUUGUUUUUAAUUAGGAUUUUUAAGUGCAUCUGAAGCACCGUCCCAGCCAGCGCCUGCCAUGCCUCAUACAGAACUGUGGGUACGCAUCUCUGUUUACACACUAAAGCAGAUUGCGGACAGGCACCGUCCACCCUACAGGCUGCUUGCUCAAGAGCGCCCCUUACUGAAGGAGGUUCUGUAUGCUUUACAGAGGCGAGGUUAUGUUUACAUUCAUUCAGAUGCUGCUUGUCUCGUCAGUCUGGCUUCUCUGGUUAAUAAGCCAAUGCCCUCUCCCACACUCUGCUGUGAUUGACCCGUCCUCAGCUUACAUGCGUGUAAACUGCUGCUGAUUGGUCCAGAACAGUGUGAUCCAUCACUGCGUUGUUGGACUUGGGCACCCACUCAAAAUGGCCCAGUGAACAUGUACACAUUUUCUCAAUGCUCCUCCAGCGCAGAGCUUUGCCACGGUGAUGAUCAGGGCCUUUUCUGUCAAAGAUAUUUGACCCUUUGGAGUGUAAUGCGCUCUAUGGUCAACAGGGGGAGACGGUUGCCUUUCUUGUCCCCCUCAAGUCAGUCUGUGGUGAUGGUCUCGCAUGCUUCGUGUUCUCUCUGGGCUAAUGGCAGUAGGUUCAGCCCCCAAGCGGUAUUCAAGGUUAAGGAAUGGUAAUUCUCUAAAGAGCUGGUGUGUGUGGCGAAUCAGUGUAAAAAUAAACGUAUUUGCAGGUUAGUGUUCGGUAUUAGCACUCACUGUGCGUUUUUGGUGACCUUUAUCCUGCUUCGGCUAUUUCAUGUCCAGGAAGGAAAUCUGCUGUGAUUGUUUGCUGCCUUGUGUGAGAAUGCUCCAUGCCCUCAGCGGUGCCCCACCCCCAAGAAUGACUCGCGCCCAGCGCAGGUGACUCUCCGAUGGACAAUCCUGUCUCGCCAGCCCUACAGGAGCGCUCUGCGUGCUUGAGUGCGCCGUCACGCAUGACUUCUGCUGGGCGUAAUCGACCCUUUAGGCUGGAAAGUGUUUUUCCCCCUUUGGUGAUUUUUCUGUCUGGGAUUGUCCCUCGCAAGGCUCUGCGUUGCGUAACAGCUGAGUGAUGCAGGGUAUCGUGCCAUAGCGCCAAAGUCGCUCCGCAGAUGAUGUCUGUAAACCCCCCCCCCACUACGCUGACUGGGUCCCGCUUCGCAUGUAUGGUGUAAUAUCUUUGUAUCCCAGUUAAAAUGCAAAUUACCUUUUUAAUGUGCUGUUUCUCAAUACACAGUGCUGUCAUCAAA